GAAGACGCUCUUAGCAACAAGCUAAGAAACCACACAUCCAAACGGGCACCAUUACAGGACGGAACCCGCAUCCAAAACACUCCGACGAUUUGUUUGAAACGUUAGCCAGUGUUCGAGUGCGACAAUGAGUUGAUUUAGUCUCCUUGUUAUUAAAAAUAGAAGCUGGUUAGUCUUCUACAAUCCGGAAAAGGGGAGACGCUAGCCUGAGCUUUAGCUGCCCGCUGGACCGUGCGCUCGGGCUGGGAUGAGUCUUCUGGUCAAACCGACAACACGACAUUUAAGAGGGGGGAAGAGUGGAGGAAGUCGACAUCGGUUUAUUGUCUGGACUUAGUCUCACUUCGUUUUAGAGAGACGGAAAACGCUUGUGUGUUUUUUGCAACUUUGAGUCUUCAUCAUCUUCAUCGAGGACGACCGCUCCUCGCCCUCCAUUAUUUGUUGUUUUUGUGCUGUGAAUUUCUGCACAUCCAGCGUCAUGCGGGAAAUAUAGACACGUCUAUUACUGCUUCUCCAUGCUUGUAAAUACAGGUGGUCAAAGUGAUAAGCCUCACGAAAACAGCUUAAAGGGGAUCAUGGCUGAACCCUGCAGCACUGUGAAGUCGUCAGUCUAGCUUGUGGAGAUCUGACAACAAGCUUCCCCACGGAUAUGAGACUUUGUUGAUAUCUCGCUAGAAGGAUUUCGCGUCGUUGUUUUGGAUGGAUCUUGCUGUAGUGAAAGUAUUUUUCAGAAGAAAAACAAUUAUUUGAUGUUAAUUGCAUGCAACCAUGAUGAUAUUGAGCAGAAAACCAGAUGGCCCCGUAACUGCAGCCCGCCACGGGGAUGGUCUGUAUGACUCCUACAUGCGCACUGAUCACAUAGUGAACCAAGACGCUGAUGUGAAUGGACAGAGUCCCUCAGGACUACCCCCGCUCCCCAAACACACUGGUGUCGGCAAGCCUACAAUGAAGGAUCACCAAGCAAUCCGGGGAGGACAGAUGAAGGUGAAGUAUGUUUACGAGGACACCUACAACCGCAAGCUCAAUGGGGUGAGCCAGCACAAUGGCACAAGCCAAGUACCAGCAAAGCCCCAACCUGCAAUUUCCAAAGAGAGAAGCGUGGACAGCAACAGCUCUAUGAAAUCCUCAGAUAGCUCAACAAAAGUCUCAAAGCUCGGCAGCCCAAUGACCCCAGAACAAGCUCUCAAGCAACACCGGCAGCAAAUGACUACCUUGGAACAGCAGGAGAUCCACAACUAUUCUGAGAUCUACUUCCUGGGACCAAAUGCCAAGAAAAGGCAGGCAGUAGCAGGGGGCACUAACAACAGUGGAUAUGAUGAUGACCAAGGGGGAUACAUCCACGUACCUCAUGAUCACCUUGCCUAUCGUUAUGAGUUCCUCAAGGUGAUUGGCAAAGGUAGUUUUGGACAAGUGGCAAAGGUCUACGACCACAAGUUACAGCAGCAUGUUGCCUUGAAGAUUGUGCGCAAUGAGAAGCGCUUCCAUCGGCAAGCUGCUGAGGAGAUUCGAAUUCUGGAGCACCUGAAAAAGCAAGACAAGACAGGCAGCAUGAACGUAGUUCACAUGUUGGAAAAUUUUACCUUCCGCAAUCACAUAUGCAUGACUUUUGAGCUGCUCAGUAUGAAUCUGUACGAGCUCAUCAAACGCAACAAGUUCCAGGGUUUCAGUCUUCCUCUAGUACGCAAGUUUGCACACUCUAUUCUCCAAUGCCUCGAAGCUCUCCAUCGCCACAAGAUCAUCCACUGUGACCUGAAACCGGAGAAUAUCUUGCUGAAGCAGCAAGGCAGAAGUGGGAUAAAAGUAAUUGACUUUGGUUCCAGCUGUUUUGAUCACCAACGUGUUUACACGUACAUUCAAUCUCGGUUCUACCGAGCACCUGAAGUCAUCUUGGGAUCGCGAUAUGGUAUGCCUAUAGACAUGUGGAGCUUUGGUUGCAUUCUGGCAGAGCUUCUUACCGGAUACCCAUUGUUUCCUGGUGAGGAUGAAGGCGACCAGCUGGCUUGCAUGAUGGAGCUAGUGGGUAUGCCACCUUCAAAACUGCUGGAACAAGCCAAGCGUGCCAAGAACUUCAUCAGCUCCAAAGGCCAUCCACGCUACUGCACAGUUAGCACACUUAGCAAUGGCACCAUAGUUCUCAAUGGGAGUCGUUCUCGCAGAGGAAAAAUGCGAGGUCCCCCUGGGAGCAAAGAGUGGGGAACGGCCCUCAAGGGCUGUGAGGAUGCCACAUUCAUUGACUUUCUGAAGAAAUGUCUGGAUUGGGACCCUAGUACUCGUAUGACACCAGUUCAGGCUUUAAGACAUCCAUGGCUCUACAAGAGACUGCCCAAGCCUGCACCUGGUGGUGAGAAGACUGUGGUACCCAAACGGAUCUCAGAGCACAGCACCUCCUUCCCUACCAUUAUCUCCAAGGUACCCCCUGUCAUGGGCUCAACCAACAACAAACUGCGGACCACCAUGAUGGGGGACUCCGCUGGAAGUAUACCUUUUCGCACAGUGCUGCCGAAGCUUGUUUCAUAGAGAUUCCUUAGCUUUUCAGGGAUAAAGACAUAUUUGUAGCAGUUUUUAGAAGUGGAUUUUUUUGUUGGUUUUGGUUGGUUCAUUUUCUAAAAGAGUGUCAAACUCACCAUUUGGAUUUUCAAUGAAGUGUAACAAACAAACAAUUUUAUACAAAUAUACUGUUUUUAUCAAAUGGCCUUCAAAGUGUGAAAUUCAGGGCUGUUUUUUUUACACCUUGCUUUCGAAUCGAGUGCUGUUAAUUGAGGUGGGUGAAUUUUUGAUGCUGACUGCCCCUUGUCCUGUCCUUUCUGAAGUUUACACAACUUCUGUUCAGACAAUUACAACUUUAGCAUCUCUAAGGGCUGUUUUGUGAGUUUGUGAGAUACUUUUUUUAAGGGCUUAGUAUGAAUUUUUGAGUUAAUUUACAGCAGCCUCUGAUUCUUUAUUAAAAAAUAAAUCGGUCUGAAGCUCUUGUCAAAAAUGAUCUUGAUUUAAUUCAGAUGAGCAAGUUUCUAAUUUAAUUUCAUUUUAAUGUUAUUCUCCUCAGUCACUCGUGUCCCAGCAAGAGGUCAAACUCUGUUGUUGAUGUCCACAAAUGUAAUGUUUUAAAUAAGUUAAGCAUUUGGAUAAGUUGUUCUCGAACAAGAUUUGAGAAAGUUAGGCUUUGGACAUGGUAGUGCCAAUUCCUUGGAAAGAUCGGCACUGUUCCACAGUUGUUGUAGUAGCCUGUUUUUAUCAGUGCUAUUUUAAAAGGUCUUGGUCAGGUUUCGCCUGAAGGCAGUAGGCAUCACAUGUUUGUCUGUACAUGGUAGUAUACAAUUCCUCGAAGCUCAUGAAACACUGCAGUGUUUUCUCUGGGUGAUGAUAGAUACCAAACAGCUAGCAUGAGGAUUUUUUUAAACAUGAUCAGAGUAGCAGAGACCAAACGGUAGUUGAUGUGCAUCAGUUUGUAUGACAAUAUAUAGUGUUUCGUUGUUGCUUUGUUUGGAAGCACAGCAACUAUUCUUGUCAUUUAUUUGUAUGAGAGAAGAUAGAGGAAAGAGAUAAUGCAGGGUAAAUUCCCCUCCCCCAAAGCUCACCAUCAGGACACAGAGCAGUUGAUUUCCAGUGACUCUGGUUGAUUGUGUAGCCUGGAAUAUCUCUUUAUAGUGACCUAUUUAGUUCCCUUUCGCUCUGUUUACAGGAGAUUCCUGCUCUUUAUACGGUCAAGCAUGCAGCACGUUCACCCACCCUCAAUGGCCCUAACCAGGGUCUGCACUUUGAGUAUUUGUCCACGUGAACCCUUUAGGACAAGCAAUAUAUGCAUUUGGUUGUUUGGAAAGUUGUCGUAUGAUCUAAUGUAUGUUUAUUGACACUGCCUCACUCUUUCUAGCUGUGAAUUGAGCACUGAAUGCUUAGAAGCUAAUUGUUUCAAGGUAAGACACUAAUCUGCUGAAGGACUGUGAAAAUGAACAGCGCUUAACCCAUUGGCCUUGACAGGUGUGUGUGCAAAGCAUCUGUGCACUGUGCAUCUGUGCAUCUGGACCAAGGUAAGAACGAGGAUACCAUGACAAGUCAUUGGAAAAAACAACAUCAUGUCUUUUCACAACUCUUUCUCAGGUUCGAACCCCUUUUGGGAGUUUAAUGGACAUUUAUUUAUGAUUCCACAUACCUAGAGGGUGUAAAAAUGAUCUAGUGGUCAAGUUUCAUAAAAAUCGAAUGGCUUUAUAGAUGUUGGUGCUCAAAUUAAGACUAUAAUCUCCAGGUCUCCAUUAGUGUCCAAUAAUAGUCAUUUCUUUGAUUCCCGCUUCAGUUGUCUUUUUCAGGGAAAGCAUCAUGGUGAAAGUGGUUUAGUGUUGUUUCUACCUCUUUCUUGCUUGUUAAAUCCAUCUUGUAUGCUCUGGAGAGAUCUCUACAACACAAAUAGCAGCAUCUCGCUACACAGCUUUCUACUUUGCUUCAGUGUUCAUGCCUGUUUGCGUCAUCAUGAAUUUUUCACCAAAGCACCCGUUCACAUGGCUGUCUCUCUGUUUUUCGUCUCGCUGCGUGAAUCCCUCGGUUCAGGGGAAUCUAGUCUUGUGCCUUUUAACUGAAUACACUUGACUAAAUCAUCAAGGCUCAGCACGGGAUGACUAAUGUUUCUCUUCCAGCUUUAAUGGUCAGGGUUUUAUAUUGCUUUUAUUUCACCCUUUUAUAGAGUUUUUACUGUUACUCGUAUUUUAAAGAGAAGUGAAGGAGGUAAAGAUGUCAUUUUCCUUUAUGUUGACUGUUGGCCAUGUGGUUCAGAGCAUGAUAAUCACAGGACGCAUGAAAAUAAGUGAUAAAGUGAAACGGGGGAAAAAUGAGAAGAUUUAAAUAACAAAGUGUGUGUAAAAGUAACCAAAUGAACUUGUAUUAGUUUCUUUUUUUUUAAAAAAAAGAGAAAUAAAAAGUGGAUUUACUGUUGA